AUGACCUCAAGUUCUUCAAAAACACGACAAACGAAUCAUAUUCUUACGUCUUCUCGAGAUCGUCCUUCUUUAAUUAGUCCACCAAUUCAAUCUAAUAAUUCUGGUGCUACCUGUUCUCAAUGUCAUCAAGUUAUAAGAUCAAAUAAAAGUGGUGGUGAUGCUUUUCAAAGUACUUUACAACGAGUAUUUCCUGGUGCUUAUGGGUUAGAAGAUUUUGUUUUUCAAACAAAGCAAACUUUAGUUCCAGAAGGUUUCUAUCCUCAUGUCAAUACUUUGGUUUGUGUUGGUUUAUGUCGUGACGAAAUUACAAGUCCUCUUGAAGAAGCAAUUGAAAACAUGUGGGGACAAGGAUUCAUUUGUGGUUCUCUUGCUGGUAUGUUAUUUUGCGGUAAAACUGGUUUCGCUGCUGCACAUCAUCAUGCUCCGGAUAAUGGUCGUUUUAUUUAUUAUUGCUUUACUCAUAUUGCUAUUGAUCACGAAGGAUCAAUAGGUUCUGUUUAUAGAACACGCAGUGGUAUGCAUGAAAAAACAACAGCAUGUGGAGCUCUUGCUGCUUUUACAGCCGAAAUUGCUGCAAAUAAAUUGAAUCUUGAUAUCGAUGAAAGUGAUAUCGAGAUGAGUAUGUUAAGAAGACAUAUUGUUAAGCAAACUGGCCUUUCUACUGAUCCUAAAAAUGCUCCAGAUUUACUCAAAGUAACAAUGGCUGCUUAUAAAACGAUUACAAGUGAUUUAGAAAGACAUGUUCGAGAGGAUGCAAAAAACUUUAAAGAUCGUCAAUAUGCUUUAUUUACUGGUGUUCAAAUACAUGGGCCAAAUGGAACAGAUUACUGUUGGUUAGGAAAAGCAAAUUUAUUAAAGAAUGGUGUACUAACACCAAUCGUUCUUUCAGAAAACGGUCCCUUGAAAACACCAGUUCGAUCACCAACUAAGCGCCACUAA